CGCAUGUGCGGUAAACUGUCUCGUUCGCUAUCAGAAUGUGAAUCAUGGCGGACUAUACAAGAUGUGUUGGGAAUUUAUUUGUGUUUUUAAUUGGAAUUUUAUAUUUUACAGCAAUUGGAUUUGCAUCAGAAGAUGUGGUAUUACUUGACACAACAAAAGUUACAGGAGCUUUAAAUUGGACAACAAAAGUUGUACCAGCAAAUCCUAUAGACGCAACAAAUUCAGGGUGGAAUGAAGUUUCAACAUAUAUCUACCAGAUCUCAUCUUCUCCAAUAAAACUUUACACAUCAUGUUAUGUGAGUAGCCGAGACGUUAAUAACUGGCUACGUACACCUUUUAUAGACGUGAAAAAUGCCAAAAGCCUUUAUAUAGAAAUGAUUUUUACAAUGCGAAAGUGUGUAAAACAUUCAGAUCCGAGUAUAUUACAACAGUGCAAGGAAUUAUUUACGUUAUAUUCGUACCAAGCUGAUAGAGACAUCGCUAACAAAGAAAUGCCGUCGUGGGACGACACAUCGUACAAGUUAGUUGGUAAAAUACCAGCCACUUUCUUGGGCGAAAGUGCUUCAGAUAUUCUUUUGAAUACCCAAGAAAAUUUUAUAUCAUUGACUCCUGGAUUACGGGGAAUUUAUUUUUCAUUCCAAGACACUGGUGCUUGCGUUUCAUUGGUGGCAAUAAAAGUGUUUUAUAAACAGUGUCCGAAUACUAUACAGAACUACGCAGAGUUCCCGGCUACGCCAACGGGUAAAGAUCACACAUCAAGUGUUGAAAGAGAAGGCAAGUGUGUUGAGAAUGCUUCGCUACUGAAGAAACCGACAUAUAGAUGUAUGAGUGACGGAACUUGGGAUAUUCCAAUCGGUGGUUGCCAGUGCGGCCCUGGAUACGAAGGCAGAGAUGAAGAAAGAUGUGUCCCAUGUGCCAAGAAUUUCUUCAAGUGGCAUGCCAGUGAUCUUGUGUGUCAUAGAUGUCCAAACAACAGUUUCACAGACUCGGAGAAGUCUAUUGUCUGCACGUGCUACGACAGCUAUUUCAGGGCAGAGACUGACAAUAAGACCAUGCCAUGCACUCAACCUCCUUCAGCACCGAGGGACAUAAAGGUUGUGGUCGCCAAGGAUACAAUGAUUCAGUUGUCGUGGAGACCACCAGCUUAUGAUGGUGGCCGGUCAGAUGUUCGGUACAAGAUAGAGUGUGAUAACUGUGAGGACAACGUCUUGUACAGUCCAAGACCUUCGGGAUUUAACGGGACAAGUAUUGAGUUAACUAACCUGCGUCCCAGUACAAGAUAUACACUGAGGAUCUACGCAGAAAAUGGUGUCAGCUCAAUGACUAAUAUAAAGAGCUUCACUCCAUUUGAAUUUGUUACCAAAAGAUCUAUUGCUGAAAUUCGCAACAUUCGAUUGGUUGAAUUUGGCGAGACAUUCAUCACAGUGACUUGGGAAGUAAAUGUAGAUCCUGGACGAACUGUGAAAAGUUAUAUAGUUCAGCACAGAGUUAAGAAUGGUGUAUCUGGAUUCAAGGAAAACACUACCACUGCUGAAACAAUUUCGUUAAAACAUCUAGUCAAGAAUACAGAGUAUGAGAUACGGAUCAAAGGGCAGACAGAAGAGGGCUGGGGUGAAUUUAGUGAUAUGUUCUCAGCAACAACAAGACUGCCUUAUGAUCAGAAAAAUGAGUUGGAGCCGGGACCGUCCAUUGGUAUAAUAGUUGGAGCAAUUGUAGCCGUAAUAUUGUGUAUGGCAAUAGCUGCCAUCAUGAUCUUUAUACUGCUGAAAAGAAACAGGAGAAAUGAUGGGAAGAGCUCUGAUAUAGAUGGUCCUUAUCACCAUGUUCUGCACUGCCCCCCACUUGAGCCUCAUAUAAAUGGAUCCAUGACUGUUCCGUUGUUUCAACCGUCUGGUACAAUAAAGUCAUACGUUGACCCACAUACAUACGAGGAUCCGAACCAGGCUGUGAGGGAAUUCACGCGAGAGAUUGAUGCCAGUCAUAUAAUAAUAGAAUCUGUGAUUGGCGGAGGUGAAUUUGGUGAUGUAUGUAAAGGCAAGCUUCGAGUACCGAACAGACCGGAAAUGUCCGUAGCCAUCAAAACACUGAAAGCAGGGGCGACAGAUAAAAACCGUUUGGACUUUUUAACAGAAGCAAGCAUUAUGGGACAGUUUGACGACCCAAAUGUUAUUUUCCUGGAAGGAGUAGUCACUAAAACAAGUCCUAUAAUGAUUGUUACAGAGUAUAUGGCAAAUGGUUCUUUAGACAGUUUUCUACGGAAAAAUGACGGCCAGUUAACAGUGAUACAGUUGGUUGGAAUGAUGCGUGGUAUAGCUUCUGGUAUGAGAUACCUUUCUGAAAUGGGAUAUGUUCAUAGGGAUUUGGCUGCUCGUAAUAUUUUAUGUAAUGAGAGUUUGGUGUGUAAAGUGGCAGAUUUUGGCCUAUCCAGAGAAGUUGAUAUAGACACUACAGAUGGUGCAUAUACAACAAAGGGAGGAAAGAUUCCAGUCCGUUGGACAGCCCCAGAAGCAAUAACAUUCCGAAAGUUCACAUCAGCAUCUGAUGUUUGGUCAUUUGGUGUGGUCAUGUGGGAGGUGAUAUCAUAUGGCGAGAGACCAUACUGGAACUGGUCUAACCAAGAUGUGAUAAAAGCAGUAGAAAAGGGUUAUAGACUACCUCCUCCAAUGGAAUGUCCAGAAGCAAUACACCAGCUUAUGUUAGAUUCCUGGCAAAAGGAAAGAAAUAACCGGCCAAAGUUUACACAGAUUGUAAAAAAUCUUGAUAAACUUAUCCGGGCUCCAGAACUUCUACGAAAGAUGGCCAAACCAAGGCCACAUGUAUUUAUUGACAAUACACCACCAGAUGUAAACAGCUAUUCUUCCGUUGAAGAGUGGUUGAAUGCAAUCAAGAUGGAACGCUAUAGGGACAACUUUUUAUCUGCGGGUGUUACCAACAUGGACCAGGUGAUGCGUCUAACUGUUAAAGACUUGGACACGCUAGGUGUCACCUUACUUGGACAUCAGAAAAAAAUGAUGAAUAGUGUUCAAACGCUCAGAGCUCAAUUACUCGGACCUCAGGUUCAUUUACCCCAUAUGCAAAUGUCUGAGGGUUUCCUUGUAUAGCAGAAGAUGACGUUCAUUAAAUAGUUCAAGAACCGUGUUCAUUACAGCGACGCAAAACUUAUAAAUACAAAACUAUUAACGACUUGAAUGACAUGGACCCACAUGAUUCAGUUGUUCAAAUACGUGUCCUUGAACUUAGUGAAAUACUUAUUGUGAUAAUUCUACAGCACAAAAUGACAUGUUCGUACAUUUCCAAAUGAUUUAGAUGUACAUUUGAUCCAUACACCAAGCCUUUCAUCCAGUCAUAUAUAUAUAUAGAUGUCAUUGUGAACAGUUUUUAUAUGUGCAAGCGUAAAUCAAAUCCUAAUUGUGUAUUUAAGAGAUGUUUUCACUACAUUGUUUAGGAUUUUUAUAUGUUUCGUCUAACUAGUGCUUUUGUCAUAAUCUCAGUGCUUUUACUCACCAUUUCAUUCAUUCCUUUUGAUUGAAUGGUUUUAAUUCAAACAGAAGAUUUGAUUGGACUAUUUUACCAAAGGAGUUAAAGAAGAAGCGAUUUGAUUGGUCUGUUAUAAUACAGCAAUGUCUGGAUAAACAAUUUUGAUUGGACAGGUGUAACAUUAGAGAUGUAUGAAACGAAGUUUGAUUGGAUAUCAUGGACUCCUAAAUUUGAUUAAAAGUUUGCAUAAUCAUUAUGAUCAUAGAAAUCUCAUAAAUAUUCAUGACAUCCAGAUUAUACAACUUUGACAUGUACUGUGUACAGGCCACAUGUCCAUAACAUGUGACAGUGACAAAGUCAUGUAACUUUGUUCUAUAAAUAGACUUUGUUGCAGACGCAACAUUAAAAUUGUGAUGCAGAAGAAGAAAAACAUUCAUUUAUUGUGUAUAGUUGUGUUUUAGACCAGUGAAACUGGUCAAGAUUGCAUAUUAGUUUGUAAGUUGUGAUUUUGUUAACUUGUUUUUGUAAUUUUAUCUAUGAAAGUAAUCCAUUUGUAAUUCACUUAAAUUAAAGUGUCACUUUUAUGAACUAUUUAAAAGAAUAAAAGUAUUUCUUUAAUAUUCAUGGUUUAAAAGAAGAACUUUUCUUUUUAAUUUGGUACCAUUUACAUGUUUAGAUUAAAUUUUGAAUUUUUUUUUUGUGUGGAGAACUCGUUGGUUGAAGUACUGCAUUGAAGCCUUUUAUUCUAUAAAUGAUUUUAUAUUAUUUAAAAAAGUAAUCCUUUUAGAAAAAUUUAAGUUUUUUAUGUAAGACUAUCACUUUUUAAGGAAUCUAAGGAAAAGCAAAAACACUUUUCUCCAGUUUAUUUUCAGAUUUGUUGAUUCAUUUGUAAAACUUUAGAUGGCCAAGGGUUUGCUUGUUUAAUUUAGAGUUUAUUUUCCAUUCCAGAGUUUCACUGAUCUGUUCGUUGUAUAAAGUAUAUAUAUAUAUAUAUGUUGAUUGAUUAUAUUGUAAUAAAAAGCCAGUAUAUAAUUGUUUGAUGCUUGAUCCAUUAAAUGUUGAAACGGAACAUACACAGCCUUUGCAGCCAGUAUAGAGCCAUAUCAACGUUCACAUCCGUAAAGUUUUUACCGGCCCUCUAUUGUUGGCUGACUGACUUCAAAUGUUUCAUUUUGAUAUGCUAACCAUUGAUAAUGGACAAUUUUAAAAAUAGUUGCUAGACAAGUCCAUUUUAGAAUUCUAGCACUAUAAGGCUGUAUAAUUUUAGUACAAUACAAAGUUAAAAGGUUCGUGUUAUAAAUAAGUUUUGAAAUUGUAAAUCCCUAUUAAACAAUUACAAAGGAAAAAAGUGAUUUUUGUGCAGUAAUUAUUUAAAUAAUUCAUUGACCUUUUUGGUGACGUUUUUUGAGUUCUUUUUGAAUUUUUUUAAUUAUUUUAUAUGUAACUGCUGAUUUUUGAUAACUGAUUCUUCCAACAUUGUUUCAACAUGAAUGUUUAAAAUAAUGUGAAAUAUAGAAGUUCUAGUGGAUGAACAUUGUAAAGAACAUGAACAUUUUAUCUCGUCUAGAAAAUACUUACAAAUAUAGAAUAUAUGUAUAUAUCUUAAAUUAAUUACGGGAAUAUUCUCGCGUUAAGAACAAUAAAAAAUUGAAGAGGUAAACUACAUACUAAAAUUCUUUAAGUUGAAUUAUUUGAAUGAUGAUUCAUUAUCUACAGAGUAUGGCGCUUAAAUUAUUAUUAACAAAUUCAGAGGUAAAUAAUGAAAAACUAUAAUUUCUUAUUUGACAAGCAUUCAUUGAAGCAUUUGUUAUUUUAGUUUUGGAAGUUUAUUAUUUUCAGAGUGGUUUAAUCACACUCUAAGCUCAACUCAAAUAGGGUGUUAUAACUUGAAAAUAAACAUUUUUAAGUUCAUAUAAUUGGCCAAGGCUUACUUUUUUUAAAGACUACUAAAAUUUGAAAAAUAUUCGUAUACAGUUUGAUAAAAAUGCCUUUGUUUUUUUCUAUGACUUUGGUCUUGAAAUUAAAACAGUGUCCGCAAAAGCAUCAAAGCUCUUGUCAUACAAUGUACACUGAUAGUAUCAGUAUAUAUUUCUUUAUACAAUGAAGUUUCUGUAAAUAUUUCUGUUAUACCCAUAGUGUAAGUUCAAUUAUAUCAAGGUUUAAAAAUUGUUGAAAAUACUCGCCUACAAAGUGUGAUUAAACAACUUCAGAAAAAAAUAAACUGCCUAACUAAAUGAUGCAAAAUAUAAUGGGAAAACAGGGUCUUAUAAAAUUAUACCACCGAAAUACACGUUUUUUUUAAAUUGGUUUUUAUAUUUUUAAUAUGUUUUUUUUUUAUUUUUUAUCACAGGUAAACUCCAAAAAGAACGAGAUUUACGUAUACUUUAGAUCAUAGACUUUUCUAUGCAUUCUGUUCACAUUUACAAGACUUUAGUACUAUUCGUUUAUUUGUUUGUUUCUAAAUUAUCUAUUGAAUUAUGUUGAGAUUUGUUUGAUUGUGUGCUACAGUAGAAUCAUUUGAUCUAACAAAGAUAAUGAAUAAAUUUUCUUCAUUUCUUCAACAAAAAGAAUAUGCAAUUAUUAGUUUAGAAAAACAAAAUACAAAAUAUUAAAUUAUGUACUGGAGAGCACCCUUAGCUAAUUAUGGCAUGUUUCCUAAGAUAAUAAUUCUAUUUUGUAAAAAGACUACUACGCUAUCAGUAAAAGAAAAGAGCAACAAAAAAGAAUGUACAGUUUAUUGCAUAAUAAUUUAAACUAAAAUGCUGUGUUACUUUAGUUACCAGUUUAUUUAGUCGCCAAAUUGUAUAUUUUUUUACCCAUAAUUAUGAUCCAGAGAUUCUUUUCUGUAGCAUACAAUCAUCACUUGUUUUUGUUUCUAUCCCUCCAUUUCUUUUGUUUAUAAUGAUAUCAGUUGUCCCCCUUUCUUCUUUAUGUUCUUAGAAGUUUAUGUAUUAAUUUACCAUAAUUUGUGCAACAAAUACAUGUGAAUAAAUAAAUGUAAAUAGUUUGUAUAUUCAUAUUUUGAGUAAUAUUGAUGAAUAAAUGUUUUAGAAAGAUUUGCAGGUCGUUGGUAUGACAAGUUUAUUGUUUAUCAUCUAUUGCUAUAAUGUACUCAAUGUUCCAACCCCUUUUAAUUAGUCUUAUAGUAUAGGUACAUAGGUUUUAUGUUAACCCUGUCUGCUUCAAAAUGAAUAUUUUUGAAAUCCCAUGUAGUUAUGAAAAAUUGUUGGAUUUUGUUUUAUUAUCAUUCUUUAUCCGGUAUAUAUAGGCCCAUACAGACGGGGAAUUUUAAUAGGACAGUAUCAUAUUAGGAAUCUAUUAAUUAAGCUAGCUUAUGGAAAGUUCUACCUGCUCCUUCCAAAAUAAUGUAUAGGGAUACGUCAUGGGACGCUUGUGGUCGUCCUCCACCAUUAACGCUAGAAACUCGCCAUAAACCAAACUACUUAGUAUUCUGUUAUCAUUUUCUUAGUAUAUUCAAUGACUAUCUUAUUCACAAAGAAAAAUUAAUCAGGGUGUGAACAUAUAUAUUUUGACAAAUACUAUUCAUAACCUUUCAAAUAUACAGAAGAAAUAGACAUUUUAUAUCCAUGAAGUCGAUCCUUGCUGGUAUGCAAGUGAAAACACAUCUUAAUUUUAUCAAUGAAAAAAAUUCAUUUACCCAUGCCAUUAUACUGGAAAAACUUCUUUCUAUAAGAAAUUUUAAUUAAGGUGGUUAGAAUAUUUCAUUGUCUCCAAACAUAAUUUUGUAUAUCAUAAAAUUCCAAAUUCUAUUGUUGUUCAUCAUAAUUCUUACAUUACAUUUUAUACAUUUUGUUAAUCUUGUACACUCAAAAAAGUAUGAUUAAAUUUGUAACAUUGUUAGUCUUGUACAACUCCAUUAUUUUUAAUACUUAUAAUUUCCUAUCUUAACAUUCAUGAAUAUAUUUUACUGAUUUGUUUUGCAAUAACAGAAAUAAGCAAAUAUACCUCUUUGCAGCUGAUUAUAUUUUAUAUUAUAAUGUCAUCAGCACAUCUAUAAUUGCAAUACAAUUUACAUUUUUCCAAGGACUUUUCGAGUUUUAAGUCAAGAAAGAAUAAUAUUUUAUUGGUCGUUUUUCUUUUUAAAUUUUUUUUUCAACUUGUAAUUUUCAAGUUGCAAUUCAUAGGAGGUGAAUACGGGAUCAUUUAGUUUGCCUCUGCCUAUCUACUUAAUUUCAUAUAUUGUCUGACAAAUAUUAAAGUAGUAAUAAUACCUUUAUAAAAGAGCAGAAUGAUGCACGGAAAUUAAAGGGGGCGGGGAUAUGAUUUUUACGAGAUAGAAUCCUGUAUUUUGUAUAUUAUUGAUAUUUAGUGAAAUAAGUAAAGUUAUUUGUACCAUUGUUGAGACUGACUGACUGACUGGAUGCCAGAUUCUAUAUCAACGGUUUUAUAGGGAUUUUGUUGAGACAUUUCUUAAGAUGAAUAAAAUAUUGAAAUAUA